UUAAAUUUCAGUCAUAGACAACACACAAAACUAGCGAUACAUAUAUACAUAUAUAGAAAACGAGAUUUAAAAAUAAAGACAAAAUGACUACAAUAACGGUUGAGGAUUCAGAGGAUAAGAUCAUCGAGCGACUGGGGGACUGCGACAAGGUGCCCGUCGAUUAUAUGGAUUUGUUGAGCCAUCGGGUGCGUUGUCGCAAAAUCGAGAUCUUUCAUUAUGACGACGAGGUCAGCUUCACGGCCAACGACGAGGAGGAGGAGCAGGAGCUGAGCUUCGAUCAGCUGUUAAGUGAGGAUCGCACCGACGACGAGGAUCGCACCAUGCUGCUGGUUGGAGAUUUGGAUUGCCUAAUACGACGCAUCGAGCAAAUGCAGCUGGUGAUCAAGCAGCGCAAAGAGGCCCAAAUGGAACUGGACAUCUCGGACUACUCCACCGAGCAGGAGCCGGAAACAUCGGCGACACCGAUUCCGGAGCUCGGGGUAUUCGAAUUUAAGCAGUGCAGAGUGAAGUCAGCCAAGAUCAAAAAGGAUUCCAGCCCAGAUCAGGAAAAGCUGGCGGAUAAAGAGCUGCCGCUGCCCGAUGCCCAAAAGGAUCCGCUCAACUGUGAAGAACAGCUGGAGGUGCGCAAUCUCCAGCAUGCCCAUCAUCAGCUUCAAUGCGAGAUCGACGAGUUGAUCUGCAAUUAUCGCCUAAUGCGCGGUCUGCUAAACAAGAUGCGCAAUCAGCUCUGCCAGGAGAAUCGACGGGUGCGCAAACUGGGCUCCAUAACACAUCAGUAUCAGGAUUGGAGCCGGCUUGUCGCCGAGGAGCUGCCCGUUUGCAAGCAGCGCUAUAAUCAGCUGAUCGAGAUAAAGCUCUCCAAAGCGGAGGCAAAUCGCGUCAUCAGCGCCCACAAGGCCAAGGCGAUGAGGUACAGUAAUACAUUUCUAACCAGCCGCCAGCUGCGUUACGAGCUGCGCGAAUUCCACUCUGAGAUCGAGGAGCUAAAGGAAUAUGCAAGUGAUUUGCGCAAGGAGAUGAUACGACGCUUUUCCAGCAUCGAGCAUGAAACUGGUCUGAGAGCCAGCAAUCGUCUUCAAUCCUCAAUCUCAAACCAGGUCGACCUAUAGGAACCAUUGGUAGAUUCUUUACAUAACACUUGGUAUAACAUUUGGUUAAUAAAAAUCAAUCGAAUAGUUAACAACUCA